UAAUAUGCGUUAAGUAAUGGCGAUAUUUUCCGUUAAUAUUUUAUGUAUUUUUAUUAUUUUUUAUUUGCACCUAAAAUUCCAGUUAACAAAAGAGGUACUCGAUAACAAUUUAACUAAUAAAGCUGAAGGAUGCCCAAUUACUUUUCACAACUAUGAUGACACUUUACAAAUUUCUGCGGACUGUGAUGAAGGAGCUUCGUUUUCUCAACUCAUGAAUGAAAACGAAUCAGAUAAUUCUAAAGUUGGAAGACUGUUUCCGUUGCUUCUUGGACUAAACUUAAAACAACUGACACAAGGAAUAUUUCAAGACGGAAAUAUGCUAUUUACAGACAUAUAUGUAAAUACGCAUUUGUUUAAGUUUACUGGAUCGUUAAUGAAUACUCUCCAUUUUGCUGAUGGAAGUUUGUCUGUUUCAGAUGUAAAAAUUAAAAAACUGGAACUUGAAAUAGGUGAAAAAGAUUUUUGCAACGUUGUAAUUGAAAUGAGCGGAAAAAUUGAACUGAAUGGCCAACCAUUUGAGAUUUCGUUAACAAAAACAAUUCAAAAAUGUUUUUAUGAUGUAAAAAUCGCAGAACUAGGAACCAUGACAAUUGAAGAGUUAGUCUCAACUUUUAAAACAAGUUUAGAAAACAUCCAAGAACUUAAAGAAAUAAAAAAAAAUGAACUAAAAUUGUUGACUCUUCUAACCCCAACAAUUAUUGGUGAAGUUGCUGCUGAUGGACAUAUGCAACUUUUAGUUAACGCAGAAGUAAAUGAUAACAACCUCUCGUUAAAGCAAGUCAGCGUCAUUGUAAUCAUUGACAAAAAGAAAGGAGAAAAUACAAAAUUGGCAAUCGUUUUUAACAUUAAUAAAGGAAAAUCUGUAAAUGAGAUCCUUAUCAGUUUACUAUCUAAUUCUAAUAUAUUGUUAUCACUACCAAUCAUUGGAAAGUUAAACAAUUAUGAUUGGGUUUUGAGUAUUGCUGAAGGUGACAAAAUAGCUGUUUUAACUCCUACUCCAAUAAUUCUUCCAGUUGGAAUUACUGCAAGAAUCGAAAUAUCAAAAGAAGAUUAUGAAAAUGGAUGUGGCAGUAAAAGCCCAGAUGUUCCACAAACUGUAUCCAUUGAACUUCGAAUCAUAAAUUCUGAAGAAUUUUUAUUCAAAAUGGUCGAUGGACUGCAUGAUUAUCAGAAUUUUAUUAAAUGUCUUUCAAAUGAUAAAAAUAUUACAAUUGAUCUUCCUGAGCAGUUUACUGAAAACUCUAAAGAAGACAAAAAAAUAACCAUUUCUCAUUUUACUUUUAAUGGAAGAAAUGGUGGUUUUAAUUUACGAUUGUCAUUACAGAAAAAUAUUAGUUUUUUUAAUGACAUCUUUCACUUUGAAAAUUUUCAUUUACAAUUAAAAAAAGAAAAAGAAAAGUGGUAUUUUCUUGGUAACUCAACUGCAAAAAAAACUUUUAUUACCGAUAGUGAAGAAAGUUUAGAAAUUGAUUCAUUAUUUAAGGUAUCAAUGAAGUAUGAUGAACAAAAACCAGUUAUUGAGUUUUUACUGCCACCAAUGAAUUUUUUUCAACUUUUGUCAUUAUUGGGACAAAAAAAGGAAGAGUUUGAUUUAAUGAUUCCAUUUAAACAGUUCAGUCAGAUUGGUUUAAGUGAUGUGGUUUUACAAGGUGGUAAAGAGGAACACAGAUUAAGUGCCACUGCUUUUUUUUAUGGCUUAACCAUUCAAAUAGACUGUAUUAUUUGGCAACACAAAACAGACCAUGUUCCUUGGCAGCACAAAACAGAAUUUUUAAAAAAAGAGAGCAAAAAUAAAGCACCACCAAAAAAAGAAAAGUUAUAUUUUCAUUCAAACCAUUCCUUGAAACCUAAAUUUUUAAAUGGAUCAAAAAUUUCAUUGAUUAAAAAGAACAAUGCAGAAAACAAUGUAUUGAAUGAAGAACAAAUUGAGAAAAUGUUGAAAUAUGUUAAUUCUAAGUUAGAUAAUGGGUCUUUACGAAUUAACAAAAAAAAUCAUAACAUCGAUAAAGAAAAUAGUGAAAAAAUGAAAAAUACUGUGAAUAAUAAAGUUUUAUCAAAAAAUGCUUAUCAUUUUUUUCGUCCAUCAUUUUUUAGUAAAGAAAACCAAAUGUUACAACCCAUUCAAAAUUCAUCUGGUAAUGAAAUAGAACAAACACAAGAAUCUGGUAAAGAAAUAGUACAAACACAAGGACUGUUUACUCAAUCACCACAACAAUCAAAUAUUUCAACUUUUAGAAAAAACAAAGAUGAUUCAGUAGAAACUGUUAUAAAGGUGCCAUACAUUAUGAAGGAGUUUCAAAAGCUUCCUUUCGAAGGUACAAAAAAAAACAAAGAUGAACUUUCCGAUAAUACUGCUCAUCAUGAAAAUCUAAUAAGUGAUUCAAUUGAUACAGAGUUUUCAAAAGAGUUAGAAGAACUUGAAGAAACUAGUUUUCAUUUAGAUGAUGAAGAUGAACCUCAAAAUAAUUUAGAAGGUAAUAGUUUGGCUACUGUAAAAAGGUCUGGUCUAAAUAAAGUUGCCACAGAUAUUUUAUUUAAUAACCAUACUGUUCAAAAUAAACUUUUAAACAUAACAAAUGAAGACCAAGUUUACAAAAGAAGUUCUUCUGGGAUUUCUCAAUCACAAAAAACUCACAAGAGUUUUGACAAAGAAACUCCUCUAAAGUUAAAUAUUAUAUUUACUUUAACAUUUAUUAAUAUAAGACUUUCAGAUUUAAUAGAAAAGUUAUAUGAAAAAUCCUAUAUGUCCACUGCUCCCUGGCUUUUCACUUCCUCUUGGCUUGGAAAAAUGUCAGCAGUGAUUUUUUUGAGUAAUACAAACACUUCUCCUGGAAAAGAAGUUUUCAAGAACUGGAAAAAAGAAAAAGUUUUAAAAUCUGCAACUGAUUAUUUGCAACACGGUGAAAAAACAUUAGAAGAUUUAUCUUCUGUAAAGAUAAAAAAAGGUAUUACAGCUUCUCUAACUUCUAUGCCACUUGAAUGUUGCAAAAAUAAUGGCUUGUGUGAAUGGCUUAAAGAAGUUAUUGGCGAGGAAAAAAUUAUUUUAACUGGUUUUUUUUCAAAGAAAAAUAUCUAUUUGGAAGCACCGCUUCAUAUUCAUGAUGGUAGAAUGAAAAAUGAAAAUAUGGAUGUACAAAUAUCAGCAUUAGUGGUUUCAUACAAUGAAAUAACAACAGAUGAGUUAGGAAUUUAUGUUACAGUUAGUGUAAAUAUCAAACUUCCUUUACCAUUCUCAGCAACAGGAAUUGUCAGUUUACAAUCUAGUGGAAGACUUAAAUUUGAUGCAAGUUUUAUACCUAAACAAAAGGUGGAUGUAGGUUUUGGUAUAGGCAAGUUUUUAUAUCAAAAUAUUCAUGCAAAAUACGCAAAUUUUCCAAGAAGUUUAAUUUUCCAAAAUGGUUAUAUAAUAUUUUUGGAAAUUCUUGUUGAAUUAAAAUUGGGUGUUUUAGCAAUGGAUGGAAGUGAGGAUCACAUGAUUACAUUUGAUAAUGCUAUAAUAAAUAUAAACCCAAUUUUACCAUGGUAUCAUUUUAUCAUUGCAUAUAAAUCUGACUUAACAUUGCCAGUAUUAAUAAACGCCAUAUAUCCGAAUGCAAGUAUACCUAAAUACUUGUUAACUUCAAUAUUUCCAAAUGGAUUGCAAUUAACAAUUACAGGCAAUGAAGAUGGAGUUAGAGAAAAUAUAGCUGGCAUUGAGAUUCAAUCAGGUUGUCAUUUAAAUGGAAAUAUCAGGAUUUUUGAAUUUUUUGUUCCUGCAAAUGUUAAUUUGCUUCCAAAUAAAAUUGUAGUUGAAAUAAAAUUAAACCCAAUUGAUGUUAUGGGUGGACUAAUAAAGUUAAGACAUUCUAAAAAGUUAUUAUAUAAUGGGCCAAUUUUAACUUUGGAGCUAGACAAUGGAAAAUUAAAGAGCUCUAUGAAAGCAUUGGUGGAUGUAAUGGGACGUAGGGAGAUGACAACCCUUAUGAUUGAGAAUGAAGAAUUUUUUUUCAAUAUAUCUGGAGGCUUGCAUCUAUCAUUGACUUCUGAAUUUUUAUUGUUUAAGGCUAUGUUUAGUACUCAAUUUAUUAAAGCAGAUUUUAAGUUUACAGGUUGUAUGAAGCUUUUAGAAUUAAAAGAGUUAUCGAAUAAGUUAUUAACUGAACUUUCUGAAGCUCAUGAAGAAAUUGUUUUAUUAAAAACGAACAUUGAUGUGAUAGUGAAUUCGAUACAAUUAGGCUUGAAAGAUGCUUUGUUUCGUGUAAAUGUUUGGAAAAAAAGCAUCCAUGAUUAUGAGGAAAUGUUGAAAGAAAAGCUAAAAAGUAUUAACAACAAUAAAUUAGAUAUAGGAAUAGCAUGCAAAACAAAGUGUAGUGAAGUGUGUAUCCCAUUUUUUGGAUGGAACAACCAAUGUUAUCGGAUAUGGAGAACUUGGUUAGGUUGCCCUACAUGGGAUAAUUGUAAAUGGAAGAAAAAAGAUGCAAUAUGCAUUGCUUCAUGUGAGUUAGACAAAACAGCAAAGAAAAUUUUAAUGUGGGGAGAUCAUUCUGGUGUUGAUGCAUUUAUUGGGUUAACAGAGUUACCUAGAGACAUCAAUUAUUUAUUGGAACAAUUUAGCAGCCAGUACCAUGAUCUUUUAAGUAUUGCUAAACAAAUCCAGUUAAAUGCCACUAAUAAUGAAAGAGCAGUAAAGAAUAUAAUAAAUAAUGCAAAGAUUUCAUUGAAAAAACUGUGUUUCAAUGGUUUUUUAAACAAAUUUUGGAAAUCAACAGUGUUUUUAAGUGUAAAUGCUGACAUAUAUGGAAAGUUGAUUUCAUGGGAAGAUGACAUAACAUUGGGAUUUAACCUGCACAAUAGGUUAGCAAAACAAAUUAUAAAUAAAUGUUUUCCAGAAUUGAACACCGAAACUCAGAAGAGUUCUGACCCUAAGAGUUUUUAUGCAAUAUCUGAACAACUUAAAAGCCAACAUAAUGAAUUACUAACACAAAUGAUCAAUCUUCAAGCUCAAGUUGAGAGUGCAACUGCUGAGCGAUCCUUUUUUUCAAAAAAUAUAAAAGAUGCAAUACCUCGGGGAUCAAUUUUAACAAAUGAUUAUAUUAAAUAUCGAUCAAUUUUGGAAGAGCCAUUGUAUGAUCGCCAGUCAGCUGAAAGUAUGUAUAUUUUUCAAUUUUCGUCACAUUGGAGUCUGCUACAAGAUUUUGAUUACAACAUAAAAGAUGUUCCUCUGUACGAUAGUGACCAACCAGAAACAGCAGAGAAAGGAAAUUUAGAUUCGUGCAAGCAGAUGAAGAGGGUUGUUGAAAAAUACGAAAAGCUAACAGAAGGAAUGAAAAUCUUUACAAAUUCUGCCGAUAACCAAAGACAAAUGUUUCAAUCAAACAAAAAAAUGUCAAUAAUUACGCUUACCGAUAUGCAGAAAAAAAUUAGUGAUGUAGAAAUGAGAACAAAUUUAUCAGUAUCUGAUGUCCAAGACAUGCUGUAUUGGUAUAACAUUGUCAAAAAGGGGUUGAACGAAUGGAAUACUAAAUCUGAAGAAAUUUUUAUGAAUGGUCAAAAACGUGGCUUAAUUGCAUUUAAAAAUCAAAUGGAGUUUGUAUUAAAGCGACAACAAGAAAAUAGUAUUCGAGAUUAUAUUUCUCGCCUUCACGAAGAUGGAAUGACAGCAUACAAACGUUCAAAUAUGCCAAACUUUAACAUUGUCAGAGGAGGAGUUUUUCUUAAUGAUGUUAAAAAGGCUAUCCUCAGUCUUUACAACGACACGGAUUCACCUUUAGAAGAUUUGUUAAAAAGAGUUGCCAACACCGAGAGCAAGAUUGAACAACUAAAAUCACUGAUAAAUAGUUGCCAAUAAGAUAUCGAACUUUUAAUGUCUAAAAACAGAUACAUUUUUGUUGAAAAAGAUUGGUUACCGAGAAACGCUCUUCAAAUAGCUACUACAACAUUUACCAAAAUAGUUCAACUACUAACCUCACUCUACUGAGAUUGCAGAAAAGUUAUCCUUAUUUGUAGGUCAAAAAUUAAAGAAGUGUUCAUGUGAACAAUCUAAAAUACAAUUUAAAACAAAGGAUGUGCCUGUGAAAAAAGUACUUUGUAACACAAGAUGCCACAAAUCAACAACGUACUUUAAUAAAAAUGAAUGAAUAUUUUUAUUUAUAUUCACUAAAAGUGUUAAAAAUAUCACCAAAAAUAUAUUUUUUGUUUUUAAAAAUAUAAGCUUAUGUAUCUAUUA